AUGUCCACCCUGCGCGCCACCUAUUCCGAGCCUGCCGAUGGCCCUGCCGUCUUCUUCCGCGACCUGCCGCCCGUCAGCGCCGCACCCACCACCGACGAGAAGACAGCCUACCUUUCCGCUCUCCGAACGUCCGUGUCCGAGCUCCAGGCCGAGGUCAAUGCCCACGUCACCCAGAAGAUGGAGCAAGAGAAGAAGGCUUCCGGCGUAGAUGAAAGCAAAGAGGCUGCUUUGGAGGCCAAUUACGGCGAGGAGGUCGUUGAAGAGGACGAAUGA